AGUUCACCAUUCUACAUACAUGCCAAUAACUCAAAUUCAUCUAAUGUUCAAAUCAAUCAAUCGUCAAUCAUGAGCUCACAAAUUUCUAGUGUAGGAUUCACGAACCUAAAAAAGCUAAACACUAAUACCUCCCUGAUUUCAACUGCAAGUUCAGCAACAUCUAAGACAAACCCAUUAACUAGACUAUUUACAAGAAACCGAUCUGUUUCAAAUGUUUUUCAACAACCUCAUGGGCAAGGAGAAGAAGAGAGCGUAUUUAAUAAUAGUGAUGACGACGUUUCUACCUUGGUUUCGGAAUCAAAGAAAACCAACGGUGCUAAAUUCAGGCUACCCAAGUCAAAAUUGAAGUUUGCCGGCAAAACUACAUCGAAUAAGCCCGACUUGAGUAUCCAAACGAAUGGCCAUCAUGGAUUAAGAGUUUCCAAGAAGAUUUUAAGUUCAACUCUGAUAGAUGAUCCAAGUAACUAUUCAAAUAGAAAGAACUCCAUGAGUUCGCCAGUGUCCACAUUCCACAGUCUAUUCCACAGGUCCCACAGCAAUUCACAAGUUUCAGGAGAAAAUUCGAUACUUGCAUCAAAAGAAGAAUCACCAAACCAACUGAAAAUGAACAAUCCUACAAGGACUACAGUGAGUUUGUCUUCAAAUAAUUCAAACUCCUACAUUACCGAUGUGAACUUUGCAAUGAUUUAUAAUUUCACAGAUCCCAAUUACUCUGUUGAUGAAAUGGACGGACUCAACGACCAUUCUUCGUUUCUUGAUAUUCAUAAAAAGUUGAUGAUAUCUGAUCAAUUUGUUCCAAGCAAGACGCACAAACAGCAAAAUGCUGAAGUAGGUUUGGGAAUUAUGAGUGAACAUGAUUGUGACAAUGAGUACUUGAGUAAUUACCAAAUGGACUUUGGAAAGAAGAAUAGCAGGUUCUUUAGUAACCUACUAUAUAUUACCAAGCCGCUCUUUUUGGCAUCUCAGCAAAAAAGAUUACUGAAUGGGGUCCUUCAUCCACACACGGGGUAUACGGUCGAGGAUGUUGCAAAUUUCAUUAAAGAGAAUUAUUUAAGCGACAUUAGCAGUGGAUUGCCCUACGAUUCUUCAACAGGGAGUCCUGUGAAUAGAACACAAAAAGUAAAAUCGAAAUCCAAUAGAUUAAUCAGCGUUGCUUCUUCAAGUUCUAUUUCAAUACGAGAAGAAAUAGGAGACAGCUUGGAUGACUUCAAGAUAAGAGAGAUUUCCCAAGACCUUUUCACAUUUUUUACAAAAUCGAUGAUUGUAUUUCAGAGAGACUUUAACAACUUUGAAACUAAAACAUAUGACAAUAUAUUGAGUUCAACACUUCAGAACAAGUCCAAGCCCGUCGUCAAUGUAAUACUUUCUUGGUCAAAGAUAUCUAUGAUGUGGGAUUAUUUCAAUUGUAAGAUCCGCUUCUACUUGCUUAGCAUAUUUCUUCCACUUCAGAAAAUCUUCCAUGAGAUCUCAAUUCAGCGUCUAACAAGUAUUCAACAUCCAAUUGAAAUUGAAAACAUAAUACUCCUUGCAUUUCGAGAUAUUAUUUUAUUACCGUUGCUACUCCACCGAAGGAUAAUUUACCAGGGUGAUACAUUCAAUUCAAUAUCGAAUGGUAGAACGAAACAGCCAACGCAUGGUCCUGAAGAACUUACCAUGGAAGAGGAAGAGUCUGUCCUAUGUGCAAAUAAGAAAUUACUACAAAAGUUGGUCAAUUGCUUUGGAAUUUUACUGUCCUAUACACAUGCUGAACCAGGUAAUGCAGACGGAGAGCAACAUAUAAGAAAUGAGAUAUUUCAAUCAGCGGUAAUUUGGAUUUCUAAAGUU